AUGAGUAGGAAUAGAUCCGAGUUCGAGGUUUUAGCCCACGUGAACGGGAACUACUCAAGCGACCGCAAGGCCUUUGAAACAAAGGAGAGAGAAUAUUUUACCGUAAAUAACUUUUUGGAGUCAAUGGAAGUUGAGGUUAAGCCUCAUCAACCUUGUCGGGAGAAACCUUCUCAGAUAUUAUUGUCUAAGGACUGGUUAGCUCUUGGUCCUUCCAUUUCUAGCUCUCCAAUCACACAGGAAGAUAACUCCAAUAUCAUCAAAUUUGUUAUCAGUUCAUUAAAAAUCUCGGAGCUAUUGGUGGACAUUCCCGAAUCAACCACGGUGGGGUCACUGAAAGUAGCGGUAAUGGAGGCUGUAACACGUAUUCUUAAGGAUGGUCGACUAACUAUUGGAGUGCUCACUGAAGGUACAACCAUUGUUGAUGACUCCAAAACGCUUCUUCAGAUUGGGAUCUCUCGUGAUAAUGAUGACAACAACCACAACCUCAGCUCUUUGGGAUUCACACUAGAACCAGAGAUAUCAGAAACAAUAACGACAACAACGUUAACCACGGUUUCUCCCAAAACGCGACUUAGGUAUGCAAUCAAAAUCUCCAUGGAGAGCAGUAAAAUGAGGGCAGAUAAAUAUGUGGUUCCGGUUCGCAAGAAACCGCCUUCGCAGCCAGAGAUGGCUCACCGGAGAAUCAGACGGCCGUUCACUGGCUCAAAAGUAGAAGCACUGGUUCAGGCCGUAGAAAGUAUAGGCACCGGAAGGUGGCGCGAUGUUAAAUCUCAUGCAUUUGACCAUGCAAAUUAUCGAACUUACGUUGACCUCAAGGAUAAAUGGAAAACAUUGGUUCACACCGCAAAGAUAUCAGCAAGGCAAAGAAGAGGCGAACCUGUGCCUCAGCAGCUUCUUGAUAAGGUUUUAGAGGCUCACGCUUUGUGGUCUGAUCGAUGA